AUGAAUCCGGGCAAAUUAACCAUGGCUCUUCGUUCUGGACUUACUGCUGAGACGGCUUGGGCCUUGAAUGCACUUAAUGUUCUUCUCCGCGACGAUAACUCUUUCGAUACUGUCUUCUCUGGUUUCAUUGCUCUGCCGGUGCUUAUUUCUAGCCUCGUUGAUGUAUGGCGGCACACUCUUGUCGACUUGUUUCCACAUGAAGUUGCCCUGGCUAAACUUGAAUUACCCACUGAUCUUGCUGGAGCUCUCUUACAUAAGUCAAUAAAUGGGAAUUCUGGUAUCACAAUCACCGGUAUUAGUAGGACAGUCAAUUCCUGCUUUCCGAGUAUUCAUAAAGUCGAGGAUUCCUGCUGCUGCCAACGUCAUCAAAAUCGGAACCUGAGCCAGAAUCAAAGCCAUCAGCAACAGAGGAGCUCGCGAGCUUCCUGCACUUUGUGUACCUCAUCUCAUUUGGUUGUUGGAAAGCAGUCGACAAUUCACUCAAGUGGGCUUCCCAACAGUUUGGUCAGCCUCGAAUCUGAACUCGCUCAUUUGGCUGUUGCGCACAACAUCCCAGUCUCUUCAUUGCGUGCCGGACUUCGGCGCCUAUUACGUUCGCGACGACCAGUUUUCGGCAUACCUGCUGUUAGUCGGACUCGACUAGGCGAGGAUCCGGUUCGCACAGAAAGUGACUCUAGCUCCGUCUCCACCAAUCUCGUAUCUACAUUUUCUAGACUAGCUAAACGACGAUACUCCCGGAUGACACAUUCUGGGACCAAUUCUCUUUCUGCUGGCACCAUUGCCGGUAUGAAUGCUACCGGCUGUACUGCUGGCCAAACAAUUUCUGAUUCUGGUCCUAACACUCCUCCCUCCACCAACAUACCUAACAGUUUCCACGCACCAGAAGCUUGCACUAAUUUACGGGAGUUGGCUCUCUUUGUGAUGGAUGAACUUCUGGCCGAGACAAACUCUUCUCACGAGGCCCACACUAACUCAGAAUACUCUACUCUUUAUUGCCAGAAGCCUCUUUUUCGUACCGUCUCUGGCCUUUCAGACGAGGAGAUCGAGAUUGCUUACGCCAACCUGGACCUUUGUGAGCUUUUCGACCUAGGGGGCGGGGACACUACUUGCCAUAUAUUGCCUCCAUAUGAAUCAUUUUCAAUAGCUUCCGACUUGUCAACCCCCAAUAGCAAUUUGGCGGCUCCAAUAACCCCAGCUUUAUCAUCUCUUGGUUCUUUUACUGAAGCAACAACAAUACCCAAGACUCUCCCAUCUAAAAGUGAUACCACCGAAGAUUUAAAACUCUUAUCUUCUAUGAGGUCCGCAACAGGGAAGAUCGCUAUUCAAGGAAAGCGUUCCCCCACUCGUCCUGAUGCCGAGGAGCCUAGAGACAGUGGUGGCGGAACCAUAGAUACACACUUGCCCCGGUUUGCCUGUAAGAGGACACGCCAUUCAUCCGGUUCUUCACUCCCUUGCCCAGUACUCUCGCCUCAAGCCACUGGGAAUUCAGUUGGUCGAGCAAUGCGCCAUGGUACCAAGUCAUCGGGUAGUGCCACUGGUGACGGUGUUGAGGAGGAUGAAGAUGAGGAAUUGAUGGAUAUUGACGAAGCUCCUUCAGCUGGAGAGCUUACUCGUGCAGAUGAGAUUUUUGAGCCAGAUAACGAUGAGAUUGACGAACCGUUGGAGGAGGAUGUAGAAAUCGAAGAACGGACGGACAAGAAGAAGUUAUAUGGUCUCAAGGCGCCAGAAGCUGAGCGGAUACUGAAUGGGAAAGAUGUGAGCGAGGAGGGAGAGGUCGAGGAAGGGAGAAUUGGAAAGGAACGAAGCGAGAGGACCGAAAAUGAGGCUGAUGCUCGUAAGGUGGUAGAGGAAUCAGAGUAUGGCAAAGAAAAUGACGAAUUUGGCCAUCUGGUAGCUGAUGCUAAUGGCUGUUGUCCGCUGCGUGCUCGCGAGGAGCUUGUUAAGCUGGGAGAGCCCGCCCUGUGGCCGGUCGGCGCCGCGCGACAGUCGGCCGAGGGCCGGGCUCUUAGGUGCUUAGCCGUCUCAACUACUUUAAGGAAUUUAUCAUUUUUCGGUCAAUCUGAAAAACUUAUGUGCCAGCAUCGCGGUCUGCUUUUAUUGAUUGGUCGCGUCCUCUUACUUGGCCAUGAUCACAUUGAACAAGGCGCCUCGUGGUGUGAUGUGGAGCGCUCUCUGGCAGCGAGUGAAACUGCUUCAGCAGGCUGGAUGGCUUGGUUAGAUGAAAUGCAUGAGAACGCACUUGUAACUUUGGUUAAUCUGGCUGGUCACUUACAGUUGGUUCAGUUUCCAGAGUCAAUCGUACGACCUAUACUCGACGGUAUCCUACACUGGAUCACUUGCCCUACGGCAGCCGCCAUUGACCCUCUGCCUGGGCAUCGAACACUUAGUCCUCGCCGACUUGCUCUCGAGGCUCUGAAUCGUUUAUGUGUGCGUGAGCGUAACGUUGAUCUUCUGCUUGCAACUCCCUCUAGCACCGACAAGCUUGGUCGCGCUCGUCUAGCUGCUCUCUUUGAUCGCCUGGCUAGCUGGCUAGCAAUACCCGAGGAUCAGGUCACUCGAGAGCUGGCUCUUUCAGCCAUGCAUUAUUUAGCUGGUGGAACGCCAGGCACCACUACAUCACUUCGCAAAUCCUCUUCCUCAACCUCUGGUCUUCCUAUAGGCGGUCCAGGCUGUGGUAACACAAAUGGUACGGGGAUCAUGCCCGCAUGGUUGUUGGCUGGCUCUUCAGAUGGAAUGGGAAGUGGUGUGAGUAUGGCAAUGGAUGACAAUCUCGAUGUCCGAACCACUUGUGAGAUAGCUGAUUCCGAAACGUUUACUGGGGGCACGGUCGAGUCUGGUUUUGCCUCUCAGCCUAAAUCUGGUUGGCCACUCGGACUACUAUUGCUUGCUGAUUCCCGGCCUUGUCCUGUAACAGGACUGAUUGCUUUCAUUGAGGCAGCUGAAGCAACUACACGUCGUGUCAUCGACCAAUUCGGUGUGCAUGCUCUUCAGGAGCGACCAGAUUUGAUGGGCACAAGCCUCGAAUUAGUGCGUCGUGCUGGUGCUCUUCUUGACCGCCUAGCUGCCGCAGCAGCAGCGACAUCUACUACCGCAUCUGGUUGUGGGGGUCGCAGGCGAUUCACACCGGACAUUGAAUUACGUCUUCUUGAUCUUGUUACUUCACGUGUCCUCGAUGCCACCGUGGCCCAGCUACUCUCUGCUGCUCUUCAUCGACUACCAUCUUUUGCAUUAACUGAUUCCUACCCUAACUCAAAUUUCCAGGCGCCUGUGUUGCGAGGACGUCGCCAAAUGCGGAUAGUGCCCUCAAAUCUGCCUUCUCCAGCUGAAGUAGCUGCCAUGAUGCGAGAAGCUGAUGAUCAGAUAACUAGGUUACAGUUUUUACGACGCCAACCUGGUCAAAGAGCCUCCAUAAAUGAAUCUGCUCCCUCGGCUCCGUCUACCCAAAGCUCAAAUUCAACUCUUCAGUCCCAUGAUGGAGAAACGCCACAUAUGCAGAAACCCCAACAUCCUCGUCAGGCUCAACAUCCUCAGGCACCCCAGCCUCCAUUUGAUUCAGGCGACUCUUUGCCCCAUAAUACACUUUCCCACCAAUUAGUUCAGCCGGCAGUCGGCCUGGAGACUCCAGCGGCUCAUCUGCUAUCCCCUGAAGACAAGAUCACUAAGGAAGAAACUGGUCCUCCCCGAAAUCACUCAGAAACUCUAUUGGUUCGUUUACCACCGCAGACGCCGGCUAUGCUUGUGGGCAGUUUGAAACCAGAAGAGGCAAGUGGCACCAAAUCCGUAUCUACAGAUCCUCCUGUCAGCCUAGAUCAGAGUCCGGCGAACUUGCAUGAGCCAACUCAUCUCAACGAGCAGAGGUUAUGUGGUGAGGAAGAUGGUAAAACUGUAGCCGGUCUUCUAUCCGCCCAUAAUCCUACUCUCUCUUCUGGCUCAAAUUCCUCCAACUAUUCCUCCAGCUCAUCAACUUCUUCAUGUUCUUCUGCAUCAACCUCCACUUCAGGGAUAGGCGCAUCUUGCACUUUUAUCUCUUCUUCCUCUUCCUCUUCCUCUUCUUCCUCAUCAUCGUCUUCAUCUAGCUCCUCAAAUGAAGAAGCUCAUUCUCUCCCUAAGGCUGAUAAUGAUACGGUUACUCCAUCCUCACAGAAUGUGCCUGUCCCCAAGGCACUUGCAAGCUCAUCAAUCGCGUGA